AUGAUGGAACAAAAAAAAGGAGCGACUUCCGGCGGGUCGGAUACGCCGGGCCGGCGCGGGGGGGCUGUGGUCCCAGGCACCCCCGUGUCGUCAACAGACGAUGGGCUACACAAAACCGGCGCGCCGGCGGGCACAGCAACCGCCAAGGGAAGGGGGGAGUUUGAGGGGAAGGGAAAAGACAAUGCGGAAGGAGGGUGGAAGAGAAGGAAGCUGGACAGAUACGAGGAAGGCGGAGGGACUCAGGCAUGUGAGGAAUGUGGGGAAGUGGUACGGGAGAAGGCAAGCGAAGAGGAAGAUAGCGGGAGUGAAGAGGAACAAAGCGGAGAGGAAGACAUGGAAGCGGAGUCGGAAGAGGAAGGAAGUGAGGGCUGGCCGGACCCGAUGGACGAGCGCAAGAACCGGGAAUUUGUGCUCGCCCGGGUGGAUUUCGCCCGGGAAAGUGCCAGCCUCAUCGAGGAAUAUACCACAAGGAACAAGAGAAUGAGCAAGACAGAAAAGACGACCAUCAAUGGGCACGGAAAUUACUUGAGGAGCGGAGAGGAAGACAUGGAAGCGGAGUCGGAAGAGGAAGGAAGUGAGGGCUGGCCGGACCCGAUGGACGAGCGCAAGAACCGGGAAUUUGUGCUCGCCCGGGUGGAUUUCGCCCGGGAAAGUGCCAGCCUCAUCGAGGAAUAUACCACAAGGAACAAGAGAAUGAGCAAGACAGAAAGGACGACCAUCAAUGGGCACGGAAAUUACUUGAGGAGGUACUGCGAGGACACCGCGAGGGUCUUUAAAAGUAGAACCGAGGCCUUGGAAAGAAGAAUUGGCGAAUGGGAAGAUUGGUGGGAAAGAAGAAAGGAUGCAAAGGAUAGGAGGAAGGAGGAACUGAAGGAAUGGGAAAGCAAAGGUAUGAAAUGA